AUGGCAACCAAUGCUGUUGAUAGAGAGGAAAUUAUUGUUAAAGGAUACCAAUGUCAUCAAAAUAAUAUGUUAAGAAUGAAAGAUGAAAGGUAUUUAAAUGAUGAUAAUCUUUUGAUUCAUUACUUCUAUGAUAGUCUUACUGGGCCAACUGUAGUAUGGUAUAACUUUUUGAAGAAAGAGCAUAUCAAGAUAUGGGUCGAUCUAGCUGAUGCUUUUUUGGGACAAUAUCGAUAUGUCAAAGCUCAAUUCUCAUCCCUCUUUCAUUUUUUCUCUCCUCUUCCGGACAUGCAAAUGACGUCGCAGGAUGCCGGCGGCAGGAGAUCCUCCUAUUCCUCGCCUGUACGCGCUGACGAUCCCGUCGACAUAGAGGAAGGCACGCGACUUUUGGAUUCGUUCGACGCUGGAGAUUUUAAGUCGGUAAGUAUCGAUGAAGCUGCUAGUAUGCGGAGAAUUCAGGUCACUGUAACGGGGAUGACGUGUUCCGCCUGCUCCAAUUCCGUGGAGGGUGCUUUGAAGAGCAUCAAUGGGGUUUUCCGAGCAUCCGUGGCUUUGUUGCAGAACCGUGCUGAUGUUGUUUUUGACCCGAAUUUGGUUAAGGAUGAAGACAUAAAGAAUGCCAUUGAAGAUGCUGGGUUUGAGGCUGAGAUUCUACCUGAACCCAGCAAUGUUGGAAAAAAGCCACGUGGAAUGCUUGUGGGGCAGUUUACAAUAGGAGGUAUGACCUGUGCAGCCUGUGUCAACUCCGUUGAAGGCAUUCUGAGAGAUCUUCCUGGUGUUAUUAGAGCUGUUGUUUCCUUAGCCACUUCAUUAGGGGAAGUUGAAUAUGAUCCUACGGUAAUUAGUAAAAAUGAUAUAGUCAAUGCGAUUGAAGAUGCUGGUUUUGAAGCCUCACUUGUACAAAGUAGUGAGCAGGAUAAAAUCAUACUUGGGGUUUCUGGUGUAUUUAAUGAGCUGGAUGUACAGCUUUUGGAAGGCAUACUUAGCAUCUUGAAAGGGGUUCGACAAUUUCGUUUUGACAGAACUUCUGGAGAACUUGAAGUUCUUUUUGAUCCUGAAGUUGUCAGUUCAAGAUCCUUGGUUGAUGGAAUUGAAGGAGAAAGUAAAGGGAAGUUCAAACUGCAUGUUAUGAACCCAUAUGCAAGAAUGACUACUAAAGAUGUGAAAGAGGCCUCAAUUAUGUUCCAGCUUUUUACUUCCAGUUUGUUUCUCAGUAUUCCUGUCUUUCUAAUUCGAGUAGUUUGUCCACAUAUACCCUUGUUCGAUGCCUUCUUGCUUUGGAGAUGUGGACCUUUCUUAAUGGGUGAUUGGCUGAAAUGGGCACUUGUUAGUGUUGUUCAAUUUGUUGUUGGGAAGCGUUUCUACAUUGCUGCUGCCAGAGCUCUUCAAAAUGGUUCAACUAACAUGGACGUUUUGGUUGCAUUGGGUACUUCAGCUUCUUAUUUCUACUCUGUUGGUGCACUUCUUUAUGGUGCAGUAACUGGGUUUUGGUCACCAACAUACUUUGAAACAAGUUCCAUGCUGAUAACAUUUGUAUUAUUGGGAAAGUAUUUGGAAUGUCUUGCGAAAGGGAAAACAUCUGAUGCCAUCAAGAAGCUAGUAGAACUUGCACCAGCUACUGCAGUGUUGGUGAUUACAGACAAUGUUGGAAACAUUAUUGGAGAAAGGGAAAUCGAUGCUUUGUUAAUUCAGCCUGGUGACACAUUAAAAGUUCUUCCCGGUGCAAAGCUUCCUGCUGAUGGUAUUGUUGUAUGGGGUUCAAGUUAUGUAAAUGAGAGCAUGGUAACUGGUGAGUCUGUACCUGUCUUGAAAGAGGUUGAUUCACCAGUUAUUGGGGGAACGAUUAAUUUACACGGUGCUCUUCACGUGAAGGCCACCAAAGUUGGUUCUGAAGCAGUAUUGAGCCAGAUAAUUAGUUUGGUUGAGACUGCCCAGAUGUCCAAAGCUCCUAUUCAGAAGUUUGCUGAUUUUGUAGCAAGUAUCUUUGUUCCUACGGUUGUUACUUUGUCCUUGAUCACAUGGUUGGGAUGGUAUGUUGGUGGAAUUUCUGGAGCCUACCCAGCGAAGUGGCUUCCAGAAAAUGGCAAUUACUUUAUCUUCGCCCUAAUGUUUUCAAUAUCUGUGGUGGUAAUUGCAUGUCCUUGUGCUCUUGGCUUGGCUACUCCAACCGCUGUCAUGGUUGCUACAGGAGUUGGAGCUAAUAAUGGUGUGUUGAUAAAGGGAGGAGAUGCGCUGGAAAGAGCUCAGAAGGUUAAGUAUGUUAUAUUUGACAAGACUGGAACUUUAACCCAGGGCAAAGCUAAGGUCACAACUGCAAAAGUUUUCUCAGAGAUGGAUCGUGGAGAAUUUCUUACUCUGGUGGCUUCUGCAGAGGGUAGCAGUGAACACCCAUUGGGCAAAGCAAUAGUUGAAUAUGCACGCCAUUUCCAUUUCUUUGAUGAAAAUUCACUGACCGAAGAUGCCCAAAACAGCAGCAAAGGAUCCCCUCCUCCUGCAUGGCUUCUUGAUGUUGCAGAGUUCUCUGCUGUGCCAGGAAGAGGAAUUCAAUGUUUUAUUAAAGGAAAGCGAAUACUUGUUGGUAACCGGAAGCUGCUUACGGAAAGUGGAGUUUGCAUCCCUCCUCAUGUAGAAACAUUUGUAGUUGAUUUGGAAGAGAGUGCCAGGACAGGCGUACUUGUAGCCUAUGAUGGUAAUGUUAUUGGAGUUUUGGGAGUAGCAGAUCCAUUGAAGAGAGAAGCUGCUGUGGUCAUAGAAGGCCUAGGGAAAAUGGGCGUCAUACCUGUCAUGGUUACUGGGGAUAAUUGGAGGACAGCUAAGGCUGUUGCUAGGGAGGUGGGCAUUCAUGAUUUUAGAGCAGAGGUAAUGCCAGCUGGAAAAGCCGACGUGGUACGAUCAUUCCAGAAAGAUGGAAGCAUUGUUGCUAUGGUGGGUGACGGGAUCAAUGAUUCUCCUGCUCUAGCAGCUGCAGAUGUUGGUAUGGCAAUUGGGGCGGGGACUGAUAUUGCCAUAGAAGCCGCAGACUAUGUUUUAAUGAGAAAUAACUUAGAAGAUGUGAUCACAGCCAUCGAUAUCUCCAGGAAAACAUUUAGCCGGAUAAGGUGGAACUAUGUGUUCGCAAUGGCGUACAACGUGAUUGCGAUUCCAAUCGCUGCCGGGGUAUUCUAUCCUUCAUUGGGGAUUAAGUUGCCGCCGUGGGCGGCUGGUGCCUGUAUGGCUCUUUCUUCUGUUAGCGUAGUGUGCUCUUCUUUACUUCUGCGGAGAUAUAAAAAACCCAGACUUACCACUAUACUAGAAAUAACUGUGGAGUAGAAAGAA